UGCCAGCAACCGGCCAUUUUCAGCCCCAGUACUACUCACUAAUAAACCUCUGUCGACAUUAUUUUCUACGAAAACAAAAUGAAGUUUGACGUCCAAGUUAUCUCUGUCGACACCAUCAAACCCUCUUCGUCCACCCCUGGCAACCUAAGGCAUUACACUCUCUCCUUUAUUGAUCAAAUUACACCUUCGAUUUUCAUGCCUUUUCUUCUCUUUUACCCGAGAGAUGCUGUUGCUAAUCUCAGCAACAAAGAACGCCAAAGCCGGAUUAAGCAAUCCUUAUCCGAGGCCUUGACACUAUUUUACCCGCUAGCAGGACGGGUUAAAGACAAUUAUCACGUUGAUUGCAACGAUGAGGGCGUCCACUACAUGGAAGCCAAGGCCGCGUGCAAACUUUCCGAAUUUCUUGAGGAUCCAAACCCAGCUGAGCACAACAAACUCCUGCCAUAUGAACUGGACGAUGUCAGUGAAGUAGCCUUAGCCGUCCAACUCACCACCUUCCACUGUGGUGGGAUCGUGAUAGGUCUGGCCUUCGCCCACAAGGUUUUGGAUGCUUCUUCAUUCUUUUUGUUCCUCAACAGUUGGGCAGCUAUUGCACGUGGUAGUAGCAACGUAGCGACUCCACAGUUUGAAUCGGCCACAAUCUUCCAGCCGGUACCUGUACCUAGCUUUAUUGUACCUAGGGGUAGUCCGGGAAAGGACAAGAUUGCGGUAAAGAGAUUUGUCUUCGAGGGGUCUGCUAUAGCGGCUCUAAGAGACAAAUACAGCACCGACGACACCAGCAUCGAAUACCCGCGCCCCACUCGCGUGGAGGCCUUAACUGCUUUCAUAUAUAAUCGCUUCCUUGCCGCCACCCAACCGGACCCCAAUAAGCUGUACGUCCUAUCUCACGUAUCGAACGUGCGCAAGAGGUUGGACCCGCCCCUUUCUGAAAAUUACUUCGGAAACAUUUCGGUGGGCACAGGCUUUGUAAUCUCCAGGGACACUGAGGAUGCGUUUCACCGCGUUGUUAUUCCGCUGAGAGAUGCGAUGAGGAAAGUCGACAUGGAUUAUGUGAAAAGUUUCCAAGAGAGUGGUGGGGGGCGCUCGAAUUUUCUCGUAGAGAACACGGAAAGAUUAAGGAAAGGAGAGGUGGCGAUCUCGCUAGCCUUCACCAGCUUGUGCAGGUUUCCUGUUUAUGAGGCGGAUUUCGGUUGGGGAAAGCCUGUGUGGGUAGCCUCGGCUAGAUUGCUGUACAAGAAUCUAGUUGGUUUCUUCGACAUGAAAUCAGGGAAUGGAAUAGAGGUAUGGAUUAACUUGGAUGAGGAAGACAUGGCUAAAUUCGAAGUCGACAAGGAGCUCCUGGCGUAUGUUUCAUCGGCAAAAGUUUCUGGCGUGUGAUUCUGUUCACCAAAAUGGUCUUACUGUUUAAAAGUUUGUUUACACGUGGAAAUAUGGUUUUUAAUCUUUUCAUGCAUGCCUCACAUCUCUUGGCCAGUAAGUGAAGUAAGAUUUUUUUUUUUUUUUUUUUGAAUGUAACAAGUUUAUUUCAUCGGAAUGAACCAAAUAUAUAUAUAUAUAUAUAUAUGUGUGUGUGUGUGUGUGUGUGUGUGUGUGUGUGUGUGUGUGUGUGUGUGUGUGUGUGUGUGUGUGUGUGUGUGUGUGUGUGUGUGUGUGUGUGUGUGUGUUAAGGAAGAAGUAAAACUGUAUUAUUCGGUGUUAAUUGGGGUAUUUGUUGAAAAUAGCCUCAAAUUCCUAUAAACUGAAAUUUGUUUUAGUAACCA